AUGACUGGCAGCUCCCCCAAAAGUACAGAUGCAGCGCCCCGAAGAUGGCUGCAAAAAAUUUCCGUUGUCAGCGAAGCCGUCGAGCCAUGUGCGUUCUGCUUGCUGCCUCCCGUCCCAGAAGCAGGCACGCACAAGAAAUGCCCGCCUGAUCGCCGGCAUGACGGCCUCACCUUGUUGGGCGAGGCUUUUGUUGCUGCAUAUGAUAUCAGUCUUGACGCUGUGCUACGCUGCCAACAACAUCUCAGUCGACUCUCGAUACGAACUGCUCUCCUAGAGUUUCAGCGAGGGCAGCUCGUUUCUCUUGUCUUGGAAUUGCGGCGUAGGCUUUUCCAUGAGAGCAAGACGAGAGGUUCCUCUGGCAAUAAGCUCAUGCGGAAACACAAGUACUGCCUGGAUCUUGAGACUUUGCACCUCGUUGACCUUGCACGCCGUGAGAUGAUGGCAGGACAAGACUUUGCAGCGGCGACAAAUAUGUGCUUCACGAUUCCAGUCCCACCAGCAUGUCAAAAAUCAACGGCAAGAAGAAAAAGAAGCUUCUUACACGGAUCGAAAAUCAUCCCCGAGAAACGCAUCAUUACGGACCCUUCUUCCUUCCUCAAACCCUCAUCACCAAUACCGUCAACGGUGAGGGACCGACCGUCCUCUGAUGCGGGGGCCUUUCGCGGCAAGCAGGCGGAGGAGAGUGCAUCACGUCAAGAGAAGGCAAAGGCAUGGCACACAUGCCUAGCUAUUCGUACAGGAUUCACGUCAACGGGCAUGCAUCACCAGCUGGCCGCCCACGGGCGAAGCAACAACGGCAAAGCAGCGGCCCGUUUGCUAUUUCUGUCCCUUCCUUGUUUUCCUCCAACCCCCCCCCCCCUUCGCGUGCCGUGUAUCGAAGCUCUUCCCGCUAUCUUUAUCCAAAAGCAGAGGCGCGGCCGCGGCCGGAACUGCAACGUUGUGGAGGGGGAGGGCGAGAGGGGGGCAGCCAAAUCCCGGCCGCCAAGUCGCGGACGAUCAGGUUGCAGCACAAGCGAGGGCGAGGGGCCGAGAAACGUGCAGGAAGGCACCUCAUCUGCCACAAGGAAGAGUGCGAGGCUUGGGGAAGAGGAGACUGCUGCUGCCGCACACCGAGGCUGGUUCAAGAAAUUUCCAGAGCUACUCCGUACAACGGCGCAACAGCAACAGAUGGUCUUGUUUGGCAGCUCCCCCAUCCCAAUUCGGAGCCAGGUGUGCGCCCCCUUCGCCCCUCCUGGGCCUGUCGAGGCAACCUUGGGCGGCCGUCUUUGGCGGCCAUAUUCAUGCAUCUCGUUUGCCCAUGUAAGAGUACUUUGCAGUGGAAGCAAGGCAAACACCGUGACCGCCGCCAGCUAUUUUGGAGGGGGCAUCUCUUGUGAAUCCUCCUCCGGCCGUAUCUCUUCGCCGGCUGAGGUUUUGUUGCUUGUAAAUGAUGAUUCUCUAUCUCGACCGGCCAGGGAGAUGUUUGGCGAACGAAACCGAUGCACGUACCAUGCAGCAUGA